UAUAACGGCAUUAUUCAAACCUCCUAUGUCGGUUAGCAUUUGAAGUUCAAAAUAUAACGUCGUUCUUUGAAUUAAUGGUUUUGACAGGUUUUGCAGUUGAUUAAUUUUUCUUAAGUUUAUGUUUCGUGGUAAAAUUUUUAAUUUAAAAAAUAAAAAUGGUGAAAUAUAACGCCUUAAAAUAUUUAUAUGAUGUUGAGAAAACAAUUGGUACUGGAGGAUUUGCCAAAGUAAAGUUAGCUACGCAUUUACUUACUGGAGAAAAAGUAGCUAUUAAAAUAAUGAAUAAAAGCUUAAUUGGGGAUGGUUGCCCAAGGAUAAAGAUGGAAUUGGAAGCGCUAAAAGAUAUUUCACACCAUCAUAUUUGUAAAUUAUACCAAGUAAUUGAAACUAAAGAACAUUUUUUCAUUGUAAUGGAAUAUUGUUCUGGAGGAGAAUUGUUUGAUCAUAUAGUUGAAAAAAACAAACUCUCUGAAUUCGAAGCCCGGUUAUUCUUUCGUCAAAUUCUGUCUGCUGUUGCUUAUUUGCAUAAUGUUGGCUACGUUCAUAGAGACUUAAAACCAGAAAAUAUAUUGUUGGAUAGAGAUUUGAAUUUGAAACUGAUUGACUUUGGGUUGUGUGCCAAACCUGUUGGUGGCAUGUCUUCACAUUUACAAACUUCUUGUGGAUCCCCAACUUAUGCUGCUCCAGAACUCAUAAAAGGACAUCAAUACAUUGGUGGUAAGGUUGAUGUAUGGAGUUUGGGAGUACUUCUAUAUGCAUUGCUCUGUGGAUUUCUGCCAUUUGAUUGUGAUAACAUUGAAAAUUUAUACAAAAAAAUUUUGUCAGGGAAGUAUUCCGAACCUUCUUGGUUAUCAGAAGAAAGCAGGAAGAUUAUAAGAGAUAUGUUACAAGUUGACCCAAAAGAAAGAAUUACUGUAGAUGAAUUACUUUCUCAUCAAUGGAUUACAAUGGGAUGUCUAGAUCCUGUUACUCAUAAUAGUUUAAAUUUGUACCAUGAAAAAAAUAAUGAAGUUUUAAAUGCCCUCGGAAAGUAUCAUAUGAUAGAAAGUGAAGAAAUUUGGGAGAGAAUUAAUAAAUGGGACUAUGAUUAUGAUACAGCAACUUAUCUUCUUCUGUUAAAUAGAUGUAAACAAGGGCUCCCAUUAAGGCUUAGUACACAGUCUAGGUUGAGGUAUAAGAUUCAGGGAAUUCCUCCUACUCCGUGUACACCUAAGUGCCAGAGUCCUGUGAGACAUUCUUACAGACUUUUGAAAGAGGUUAUGAACAACAAUGAAUUAGGAUCGUCACAAGAUUUGGUUAAUGAAAAAGAAAAUACUUCAGCUAGAACUCCAACCAGAACGGGUAGGAAGAGGGGACAUCCCACCGGGGAAGAAGACAUCAUAUCUCCAAUACCAGCAAAGAGAACACCCAGAAAAGCAAGACCUUUAGCUAAUAUAGUUGACUCUCCAUCUACACCAAUUAAUUCUACCCCAGGAAAUAAAAUCCUCUGCAGUUUAGAAAAAAAGUUGAAUAAAGUACGAGAUGUUUUGACCCCUCGGAAGAAGACUACAGUUCCUGAUUGUUUUUAUCUGAAUAAAUUGACAGCCAAGCAAAUGUGUAAUGUUUCUACAACUCCAUUCAAUGAUCCUGAUAUUGCUCUGGAGGAAUUAAAAUCUGGCUUAUUGGAUGCCGGAAUCAGCUUUAAAAGCAAGGGGUAUCUCAUACGUGGAAAAAUUGCUGGACCUUCAGAUAAAGAUAUAAAGAGUUGUAAACUUUCAUUUGAGCUAGAAAUUUGUUUAAUCCAGCCAUCAGCGACAAAGAAAGAAACUAUAAUCGGUAUUAAAAGGAAGAGAUUGAAAGGUGAUGCUUGGUGCUAUAAGAAAGUAUGUGAACAGAUACUGAAUCUAACCAGUUCAGAUUCAAAAAAAUAAUUUCUAUGCUCGCAUUAAUAUAGACGAAACCAUACUUAGACUUGUACAUAAUUGUAUAUAGAAAUAUGUCAUCAAAUUGUGAAUUGCAAUUAUAUAUAACUAAAUAUAUAAGUAAAUAUACUUAAUUCUUAUCCACAUUAUAUUUAUAAAAGAAUUGUUAAUAAACAAAUAUUUAUAUUAAAAGCUUAGCAUACAAUUUUUUACCUAUAUAAAAAGUUAAUAAUGGAUGAUAUUUAUUUAUUGUCAUCAGUUAGUUCCGAUCAGAGGAGGUUUAUUGUAUUCAGUAUUCGCAAACUCAAAUUCUGU